CAGAUGGCCUUAGUCACCAUAAUGUAAAUUAACAAUAUACAGCAGUACUCAAUCAUUAUCUUAAAAAGAACAGCUUAGAACAAAAUGGGCCUCGACGUCAAAGAUGUGCAACCGAGAAGGAUUUUUUGCCAUUCCAAUAACGGCGUUUAUAUGUGGUUUUAAUUAAUUACUCCCCCAUUCCUACUUGCUGUAUCAUUUCAAAAUUUCAUCAUCAGUUUAGAGCGGUACUCCUCAGCUGAACACUCCUCAGGUGACUCCCGCCAGAAGUCAGGUGAUUUGUUUCUGAUAUAUUAAACACAGACUUAGCCUUUAUGAUUCAGUUUUCCUGCUGUUUUUAGAAAUUUAGGCUAUAAAUUUUUCAAAUUGGUCUUCGGAAUCUUAUACUAGAUAGUAUUCAAGGAUGUGGGCCUCUGACAUUGACAGACUUUGUGUUUCAAGGCAAAGUGCAAUACUAGUACUUCAGAGAAGAGCUGCAAUCAACAUAAUGCUUACAACUUCGGGGCUUAAUUAUUAAUAUUGCUCACUGGUAAUAUUUUACUAUGAAGGUGUCUAUGCCUAAAGGCCAUUGGUGUUAUCAUAGUCCAUACGUAGGUGCUAAACAGAGGUGUCAUCUUUAUCUUAUUUCUUUGGUUGAUCACAUAACUUUACGCAGCAAUACAGAGGUUGAAAUAAUGGCUCAGUUUGACGAUCUUUUGUUAGAAAUUGGACAAGUUGGAUGGUACCAAGUACUCCUAUCUUUUGUCAUAUCCAUAGGAUACGAGUUUAGUACGGCGUGUUCAAUGCUUAUCUUAAUGUUUAUUGGACCAGAUCCUGGUUGGACGUGCGCAGACAAUGGUCACGUAAAUGCCAGCAUGAGUUGGAAUGACUCUUACACUACCAUGCUCACUCCUUUACUUAAUGCAACAUACACGCCAGCUUCCAACGCACCUGUUCCGACUUUUUCAACCAGAGACGUUUGUAAGGAUUGUACAAACUAUAAAUUCAAUAAAGACUUUACAUCUAUAGUCACAGAGUGGGAAUUGGUUUGCGACCGGGACUUUAUAAGUGACACCAUUACGUCUUUGCAAAUGGCGGGAGUGCUUGUCGGAUCUUUGUUUUUUGGGCAGCUUAGUGACUUGUUUGGGAGAAAGAAGGUCUACUUUCUUGCUACAACUUCACUUUGCGUCAUGGGUGUUGCUCAAGCAUUUGCUACAAAUUGGAUACUUUUUGCUGCAUGUCGGUUUGGAAGUGGUGUAUUGAUAGGAGGUAACAUAGUUGUUGGGAACGUCUAUAACAUCGAAUUCCUGGGUCCAAAGUACCGCCAUAUUCCUCUCACAUUUGGGUUGUGGUCGACAAGUUACCUGAUAUUAUUAGCCAUGGCGUAUUUCAUCCGUGACUGGCGCCAUCUCCUGCUGGUGACAUCUGUGCCUGGCUUUGCCAUUAUUGGAGCGUGGUGGUUUGUACCUGAAAGUCCCAGAUGGCUUCUUAGUAAGGGUCGCUUUGACGAGGUGACAACUAUUGCGAAGAGAAUAGCCAAGAAGAACAAGAAACCGCAACCAAAUAUGGAGAAAUUCAUAAAAGCGUACAAGAGCGAAACGCCUAAUUGUGAGCCCGGAGUUAAGCAUAGUUAUUGGGAUCUCUUUCGUACACGCAGUUUAGCUAAGUGCACGCUCAUCUUCUCGUUACAGUGGUUCUCCAUGAGCUUGAUUGGGUACGGGGUAGCAUUCAACAUGAAGAAUUUACCUGGCGACAGAUUCGUAAACCUGUCAAUCACCUUCUCGUCCAGCUAUCUUAUACCCAUCAGUGUGUUCUUUCUGCCGCGAUGGUUUGGACGUCGUACAAUAUGCGUUGCUGGCUUUUUGAUCUCAUCCAUUGCUUUUAUUCCAACUGUGGUAAUUUAUAUCAUUGACAAAGCUGAUGACUUAUGGCUUCUGGUCAUCAUUCUAACUACGAUAGGCGGAACUUCGCAGGGUGCAUCAUGGAAUGGCUCUAUUUUACUUGUAACGGAAACUUACCCAACUGCAAUAAGAAAUAUUGGGCUUGGGUUUGCGUCUAUGUCUGCACGUUUUGGAGGAAUACUAGCUCCCCAGAUGGCUUAUUUUGGUACAUUUUGGGCACCGAUUCCAUUUGUGAUGAGUGCAGCAUUUGCUUUCUGGUCAGGGAUUGCAAGUUUUUACCUGAAGGAAACCAAAAAUAAAAUUUUGGAAGAUGAAGUGCCUGACAGAGAGUGUUGCCUUUGUUGCCCGAUGAAGAAGGAAGAUGACGACAAAAUAGAUGACAAAGAAUGUGUCACAGUAACUGAACUUUGAACGUUUCU